ACCAACCUAACCCUUAUCUUUAGCGUUCCUUACCUUAUCGGCUCCUUACCGCGUUUCAAAAACAGACCUUACACUUAGCGGCUCCCUUUAGCCCAACUUUAAGGUCACGAAGAGGGCGCCUCCUUAAGGCAGCAUCUGAGGUAGCUUAACGGCUCCUUAUCCAAUCCAACAUGGCGGCGUGCUACGACGACAGCUUCAGCGAGUUCGUCGAUUUUGUAAACCGUGCAAAAGAAAUGGACAACGAAGCGUAUAGUUUUUUGCGGCCGUUGCAGCGGAACCUUAGGGAUCGCCAGAAUCCCAUGGAGUUUUACAGUGACCAGGAGUUUUUAGCCAGGUACCGCUUCUCAAAAGCUACUGUGCUCGAACUACUGACCAUGUUGCCGCUGCAUCAGAACACGGACGGACGUGGUUGCCCUGUGCCACCGCUGUUGCAACUGCUGGUGACACUUCGUUUCUACGGCGCGGGAACUUUUCAGAUUGUCUCAGGCGACCUAAUUAAUGUGUCGCAGCCAACCGUUUCCCGUGUUGUCACACGGGUGUCAAAAAUGAUUGCCGCAACGCUGUUCCCUGCGCUUGUGAAGUUCCCCGACGCGGGGAAAAUGCAUGAGGUCAUGCACCAAUUCUACAUCAAGGCAAAGUUUCCGAGGGUGACUGGUUGCAUUGAUUGCACCCACGUGCGUAUUAAAAGUCCAGGCGGAGACGACGCCGAGGUAUUCCGCAACAGGAAAGGAUAUUUCUCCUUCAAUGUGCAGGCAAUCACAGGACCUGAACUCCAAUUUUUUGAUUUAGUUGCAAGCUGGCCGGGCUCUGCACAUGACAGCAGGAUUUUUGACAACAGCAAUGCGAGAGUACGUUAUGAGGAAGGGGAUGUAGCUGGCGUACUCCUCGGCGACAUGGGGUAUGCUUGCCGGCCAUACCUUAUGACGCCGCUAAAAGAUCCUGGAGGCAAAGACAGCCCGGAGUACAGUACAUGA